UUCAUAAAUCUUAAAAAUGGCAUCAAAGUAUCUUUUUGUCGUUGCAAUUGCAUUCAGUUUAUUGGCUUUUGUGAUUUGUAUUCCAAAAGCUGCUACUCCUGCUAGUGUUACUGCUACAGAAGAUGAAGAUCCUAAACAACUUUUCUUUGGAGCCCAGGGCAAGGAGACCUCAACACCAGAUUUUGUUCGAUUGGUUGUGAUGCGGAUAAUUUAUGGAAUUGCAUCAACAAUGGGAGCCGAGGAACGACUUGCGGAAAUAUUCAAUGGAGCCUUUGUACCGCCAGGUGAGGAUGAUGGUGAUUAUGGACUUGAUUUUGGAGGAAUCGAUGGAAUUUUUGAAGAUAGAUAAAUUGUAAGAUUGUUAGAGUAAGAUUGUGUUCUUUUUUUUUCUCAUAAAGAAUCUGGU